AUGGCAUUCAGCACUAUUCAGCAGGCAAUGACUGCCGCUUCGAAGCCACCUACGCUACCCUUUUCGCUCCCACAAACUACCGCUGCUUCGCUUCAACAUCGUCGCAUCAACCCGCCCCAACCGUCCCGCACCCGUUUGACUCCAGCUUUAUCCACGCAGCUACCUCCCGCCACCGCGCCAACUGCGAAAAUGUCUUCCGCUCAGGAAAAAGCUCAAAACUACCUCAGCACCCUCGAUAGAGAGCUGUCCAAGUAUCCCGCGCUGAACAACCUCGAGAGGCAAGCCGGCGUUCCCAAGGCUUAUGCCGUCAUCGGUGUCGGCGCCCUGUACUUCUUCCUCAUUAUCUUCAACCUCGGUGGCCAGCUCCUCACCAACUUUGCUGGCUUCGUUAUCCCCGGCUACUACUCUCUUGCCGCUCUCUUCACCGACACCAAGGAUGACGACACGCAGUGGCUGACCUACUGGGUUGUCUUUGCUUUCUUCAGCGUCGUCGAGAGCUUCUUCAAUAUCGUCUACUGGUUCCCCUUCUACUUUGUCUUCAAGUUUGUCUUCCUCCUGUGGCUCUCUCUCCCCAUGUUCCGUGGUGCCGAGAUUAUCUUCCGCUCUUUCCUUGCCCCUACCCUUGGUCGAUACUUCAAGGGCAACUCUCCCAGUGCCAACCUCCGCUCCAAGGUUGACGCCGCUGUCAACAAGUCCGACUAA